CCCACGAUCGAUAUUGGUUUUGUUGAUUCUCCCUUCAGCACCUCUUUCUUUCAGUUCCUUUCCUCCAUUUCAUUCCAUUCAGCAUUCCUUACUAUAAAUCUCUCGUAACCGUCAGAUCACCCCUCUUUUUCACCUUUCUGCCUCCGAACAAACGGUCUCCAAUCACCGACCGGACCACCAUCUGGACCAUCCCAGAAAAGAAGAAUGGGAGUAGAUUAUUAUAACAUACUAAAAGUGAACAGGAAUGCGAGCGAAGACGACCUCAAAAGAGCAUACAAGAGACUGGCAAUGAUAUGGCAUCCCGACAAAAACCCUAGCCCUAAAAGAAGAGAAGCUGAGGCUAAAUUCAAACAGAUAUCCGAGGCCUACGAUGUGCUCACCGAUCCAUAUAAACGUCAGAUCUACGAUUUGUACGGCGAAGAGGCUUUGAAAUCCGGUCAGUUUCCUCCUCCUCCUCCUUCCUCCUCCUCCUCCUCCUCCUCGUCGUCGUCUUCGUCUUCUUCGAGGCAUUAUUACCAGAGACAGCAGCAUCCCAAUCCCUCGUCGUUUAGGAAUGCCGAGGAUAUUUAUGAGGAGUUUUUUGGAUCGGAGGGUGGCGGUGGUUUUUUUAAUAGGAGUAAGACGAAUUAUUAUAAUGGAAAUGCACAUGGAGAAACGAGAAAAGCUGCUGCUAUUGAAAAUGUAUUGCCGUGUAGCUUGGAGGAGUUGUUUAAAGGUGCUAGGAAGAAAAUGCGCAUUUUGAGAGAUGUAUAUGAUGCUUCUGGUAAGGUUCGAACUCUUGAAGAAAUACUGACAAUUGAGAUAAAACCUGGUUGGAAGAAGGGCACAAAAAUCACAUUUCCUGAGAAGGGUAACCAGGAGCCUGGCAUUAUUCCUGCAGAUCUUAUCUUUGUGGUUGACGAAAAACAACAUGCUAUUUACAAGAGGGAUGGCAAUGAUUUAGUAGUGAACCAGGAGAUAACACUGCUGGAGGCCCUAACAGGUAAGACCCUUGACCUGACUACCCUCGAUGGUAGGGAUCUGAUGAUCCCACUAACAGAUAUAGUCAAACCUGGUGCUGAGGUAGUGGUCCCAAAUGAAGGAAUGCCAAUUUCAAGAGAACCUGGGAAGAAGGGCAACUUGAGAAUUAAAAUAGAUGUAAGGUAUCCAUCGAGACUUACCUCAGAACAGAAAUCUGAGCUAAGAAGAGUUUUGGGAGGAAUUUCAUGAUGCCCGAUUGCUUUGGAGAGAGAAGUGUACUAGAUUGGCUUGUGUAGUUACUGUAAUACUGAUUGGAUGUAAAUAUGGUUCUUUUACGCUGUUAUAGAUUGCAAAUAUAGGAUUCUUUAGGAUGAAAGAGGGGGGGGAGGG